AAUGAUUUGAGCCCGAAAGGUGUCGCUUCGGUUUCCAAACCACGUGUUAAUGUUGUGCUUCGUAUUUGGUUACUUCAAAGAUGCUUUUUACGUUUUCGAAACUUUUAUCGUGCAAUUCUAGGAUAUUAGGUAAAUAUUUAAUAAAUGAUAAAACUCAGAAUUGUAUGAAAUUAUGUUGCAUUGCUCCGGAAAAGCUCUCAACUACUACAUCUUGCUUAGACUGUAGUGAUGAAGGCACUUUAAAGUUAAUCCAAGAUGAUUUUAAAAUUUAUAAUGAAUUCUUAAGUGAAGAAGAGGAGAAAUCGCUGGUAGAAGAAGCUGAGAAGCAUUUAAAGAGACUGCGUUAUCAAUAUGAUCAUUGGGAUGACGCCAUACAUGGUUACAGAGAAACAGAACAGAAGCAUUGGAAAGAGAAGAAUAAAAUAAUUUUGCAGAGGGUGAGAGAAUUAGCCUUUUGUCCAAACACCAAUCACAUAAACCAAGUACACAUUUUGGACUUGGAGAAGACUGGUUACAUAAAACCUCACAUCGAUAGCGUCAGAUUCUGCGGUAACACCAUUGCCGGUCUCAGCCUUCUUUCGGACUGCGUCAUGAGACUGGUGCACGAAGACAAUCCCACUUCUCGGCUCGAUGCUCUCUUGAAGAGACGAUCGUUGUAUGUAAUGACUGGCAUGGCCAGAUACAAAUAUACCCACGAAGUGCUAAGUGAAGAAAACUCGAUAUUUAAAGGUUUGCCCGUUCCCAGAGGUCGCCGGAUAUCCAUCGUCUGUAGAAACGAACCGAACAAAGAGGACAUUCGAUAGCAUUUUGAAGAAGACAAAGCAAUUUAGUGUAUCAAACUGUAAAUAGUAUUUAAUGUAACUUUCUGAUAAUAAAGUUGUGAUUCUUUUUGAAAUAUAUCAAUAAUACAUUUGUACAGAGGUAUAACAAUGUAAUGACGUUACUGACAGAGUUAAUAAUCAUUAAAGUUAUUGGAUAAGUAACUGUUGGUUAUUUUUUUUUCUCAUUUUUCUUACUUAAAAGGUGCAGUUAGAUAGAUAUUUACCAUUUAGAGAUUUGGAAUCCUGCAAAUUUUUGAGUUUCAACAAUUGGAGAUGGAUCCCAGCGUACAAGAGGGAAAUUACACGUAUUGAGCUAUUUAACAGGAUUUGGUUUGCCGUUAUAGGCUGUACUUGGAAUCAGGCAAGACAGGGGAAGUACAGUGUAAUCCCCAUGACCUGCUGGCCGACUCUUACAAGUCCACCAC